UUGACUAACCGAAAAAAAAAAAUGUCUAAUCAUUUGUGUAGGAGCAAAGGGAUGGGUUGACUUGGCUAUUUUCACUUUCGAAUCUUGAGAAGACUAAAACCAGACAGAGAGAGAGAGACUCCAAUGGCAAACUCCGCCGGUUCUAAGUUCAAAUCAUACGGUAAGCCAUCCCAAGACCAAGUGUUCAUUAACUUCCGGGGAGUGGAACUGCGCUACAACUUUGUUAGUCAUCUCAAGAAGAGCUUAACAAGGAAUGGGAUCAAUGCUUUUAUAGACACAGAUGAAGAUAUGGGCCAAGAGCUGAACGUUUUGCUCAAAAGAAUCGAAGGUUCGAAGAUAGCUCUAGCGAUAUUCUCCCCGAGGUACACAGAGUCAGACUGGUGUUUGAAGGAACUGACGAGGAUGAAGGAAUGCAGAGAGCAAGGCAAGCUCGUGGUGAUUCCAAUUUUUUACAAGGUAGAGCCUGCCACUGUUAAAAGACAGAGAGGAGAGUUCGGUGACAAGUUCAGAGAUCUCGUGGAGUGCAUUGAUGAGGACAUCAAGAACAAAUGGACGGAAGCUUUAAAGUCUAUUCCUCUCUUAACGGGAUUCGUGUUAAACGAUAAAAGCGAUGAGGACGAUCUCAUAUUCAGAGUUGUCAAGGAGGUUAAAAAAUCAUUGGAUAACAUUUCACGGGUUUCAUCUCUCAAUCCCCCACAAGGUACUGUUCUUUCCUCGACAGUACACCAGAAAAAACUUGACAGUUCUUGCGGAGUUGAAUUACGUCUAAGGCAACUAGAAGAAAAGCUAUGCUUCGGGUUUGAGAACACAACUCGUAUAAUUGGUGUUGUUGGGAUGCCUGGAAUUGGUAAAACCACUCUAGUCAAGAAGUUAUAUGAGAAACUCAAAAAUGAAUUCUUGAGCCACGUGUUAAUCCUAGAUAUCCAUGAAACAUCAAGGGAACAUGGCUUAUGUUACUUGCCCACAUUACUCUUGGAAGAUUUAUUGAAGGUUAAGAAUCCCAAGUUUGAGACCAUCCAUGCUGCUCAUGAAGGUUACAAGGAUCAACUACUCAAAACCAAAGCACUUGUUAUUCUUGACCACGUCAGUAACAUGGAACAAAUUGCUGCUAUACUCGGAAAAUGUGAUUGGAUUAAGCAGGGAAGCAAGAUCGUCGUUGCAACAGGUGAUACGUCGCUGAUACAUGAUUUGGUCGAUGAUAUUUAUGUAGUCCCUCAACUAAGCUACAAAGACAGUUUACAACACUUUAACCAUUAUGCCUUUGGUGAUCAGAGCAAUGCUCAGAGUCAGAGUUUCUUGACGCUGUCGACAGAUUUCGUACAUUACACCAAAGGAAAUCCACUAGCUCUAAAGGUGUUGGGUGCUGAGCUUCUGGGGAAAGAUGAGUCUCUCUGGAAUUCAAAAUUGGAUUCUUUGAUUCAGCACCACAAAGGUCGAUCAAGAAGCUCUAGAAAGAUGCGAGCACAAAGCUCUAGUGAGAUGCUUCAAAGUGUUUGGAAAGAGAGCUAUGAUUGUCUUAGUCAGCAACAAAAAGAUACACUUCUUGACAUAGCUUGCUUCAGGUCGCUGGACAAGAAUUAUGUAGCAAGUUUAUUAGAUUCACAUGAUGCAAAUUCCACUGACGCUAGGAUUGAAAUUCAGAAACUAAUAAACAAGUUUCUGAUUACUAUAUCUGCCGGCAAAAUAGAGAUGCAUGAUACACUACAUAUGUUUUCUAAGGAAGUUGGUAGGGAAGCCACUGCUCCGGAUGGAAAAGGGCGACGAAGGUUGUGGGACUAUCAUACUAUAAUUGAUGUGUUAGAGAACAAUAAGGGAGUUUCAAGUGUCAGAUCUAUCUUCCUUGACUUGGCUGAUCUUAACAUGAAGAAGAGCUUACACAGUCAAGCAUUUGUCCUGAUGCGCAAUAUGCGGUACCUCAAAAUCUACAACACCUAUUGUCUUCAAGAAUGUGAUCGUGACAUUAUGCUUAACUUCCCGGAUGGGCUCGAGCUCCCAUUAGAUGAGUUGCGAUGUCUCCAUUGGCUGAAAUUCCCAUUGCAAGAACUUCCACCAGAUUUUAACCCCAAAAAUCUUGUGGACCUUAAGCUUCAUUACAGCGAGAUUGAACGAGUUUGGGAGGGUAACAAGGAUGUAUCUAAACUUAAAUGGAUCGACUUCAACCACUCAAGAAAGUUGAGUACCUUGUCAGGAUUAGCGGAGGCUCGAAAUCUUCAAGAGUUGAACCUUGAAGGCUGCAUAGCGUUGGACACAUUGCCCCAGGAUAUGGAAAAUAUGAAGUGUCUUGUUUUCUUGAACCUCAGAGGCUGCACAAGUCUUAAGCAUCUUCCAGAGAUUAACUUAAUAUCUCUGGAAACUCUCAUCCUCAGCGACUGUUCAAAAUUUAAGGUAUUUAAGGUGCUUUCAGGAAAACUAGAAGCAAUAUACUUGGAUGGCACUGCGAUAAAGGAACUUCCUUCAGACAUUCGGAAUCUCCAAAGACUUGCCUUAUUAAACAUGAAAGGCUGCAAGAAACUGAAAAAGCUUCCUGACAGUCUCGGUGAACUGAAAGCUCUUCAAGAACUGAUACUCUCUGGCUGUUCAAAGCUCAAAAGUUUUCCAGAAGUUGGGGAAAACAUGAACCGUCUAGAGAUUUUACUUCUAGAUGAAACUGCUAUCAAAGAGAUGCCAAAUAUAUUCUCACUGAAGCGCUUAUGCUUAAGCAGAAACGAAAAGAUUUGUUGCCUACCAGAGAACCUCAGCCGAUUUUUUGGACUAAAAUGGCUUGAUAUGAAGAACUGUAGAAGCCUUACAUAUCUUCCUAAGCUUCCACCAAACUUGCAGUGCUUAGAUGCACAUGGAUGUAGCUCACUGAAAAGUAUUGCACAACCACUUGCACAUGUUAUGGCGACAGAGCAUAUUCAUUCGACUUUCAUUUUCACAAACUGCGUCAAAUUGGAACAAGCUGCAAAGGAGGAAAUUUCAUCCUAUGCUCAAAGGAAAUGUCAGCUACUACCAAGAGCACUUAAACUCUGCAAUAAGGAUCUUGUUCCUGAGAUUUUGUUCAGCACUUGCUUUCCUGGAGGUGAAAUACCUUCAUGGUUUAAUCACGAAGCAAUUGGAUGUAAGAUAAAGUUUGAAUCGCCCCAACAUUGGAAGUACAAUAAGCUCUCUGGGAUAGCCUUUUGUGCUGUUGUCUCAUUCCAAAACUGCCAAGAUCAAACCAGAACAGAACGAGAAAAAACCAACAACUUGUCAGUGAAAUUCACUUGUAAAUCCAUAACUGGAGAUAAGCCUUGCACCAAAACGACUUGGAAAGUUGGGAGCUGGACGGAACAGGGAAAUAAAACAGAUACGAUUGAGUCAGAUCAUCUCUUUAUUGGCUACACCAACUGCUUUCACCUCAGAAAACAUCUUGAAGACCAGCACCCCAAUCAAUGUUCUCCGAUUGUGGCAUUCCUUGAGUUUAGUGUGACCAACAGCAACACUAGUGGGGAAGCUAGGUUUGAGGUGUUGAAAUCCGGUUUCAGUUUUGUGUUUGAACCUGAUGAGAACAAAAAUCCAUUCCGGGAUGCAAACUCUGAUGCAAGUCCAAGGGAUGACGACAUCUCAUGUGAAGCAACAAUCAUCAACGAAACUCAUUCAAGAACUAAUGGUUUUCUCAUGUGAACCAAGUGAAGCUCAUUCUUACACCAGACUUCAGCAGGGAAUAACAAAUAUUCAACAUUUGAUCAAAAUGUUGUUCAGCUCCAAGAAGGAAUAUCGAUCUUAUGGUGAAUCGAAUUAUUCCCAAACAACUAGUCAGAUCUCUGUUUUACACUUAAUUUAUUCAUUGAUCUUUUUGUAUCUCCAUUUUGAAUUUCUCUCUCUCAACUGUUGUCCAGCUUGGUCCU